AUCAUGUCAAGUAGUUAGGUAGGUACAGUUACAGCUUACUUUUAGACGGGAAGGGAUAUGUCGUGUAAAGCAUGUAUUGGCUCUGGAUCUAUCCGAUAGUGUCGAUACUCCGAUUAUACUCGAAGAUUGGAGCGGAGAACUCCAUGUAUAGAGUAACCUUGAACCUGAUGAAUGACCGAUCAAGGGCAGGUAGCCGAUAUUUGUAAUACGGUAGGUAAGUGCAUAGGCUUGGACGCAUUUAAAUUGUGAUACCAGACAUACCACCUUAUGAAAUCAUCGGACUUGCACGGAUUACCUUUUUUGACUGUAGAAUUCCCUUGGCCGAGGCAAGAUGGCGAGCGCAAAACUUGACAACGGAACCUACGAGACAAACGGAAGCAGGCUUCAACACGCCAACUCCAGCAGCUUCACCACGAUGAGCAAGUCUUCAGCAACGUCUUCCACCUCAUCUCGCAGAGAGAAGAAAGAGUAUGUUCCGAAGGCUGACCGCGAAGGGGUCUCCAGUGUGUUUUCCCAGUUCGGGCAAUUGCUUCGAGCUUCGCAGAGACCUCUUCCCACAGAGAAUGGAGAUGGCUCCUACAUCAACACAGGGAUCCAAAGAACGGGGCUAAAGAAGGAUUUGAGAUACCUUCGUAUGAAAGAUGUGAAGACGGUUCUCGAUCUUGCUCGGAGCAAGAUUAAAGGGGAACAGCUGAUAGACGAUAAGACGAUGAUUAUGGAACGAGUUAUCCAGCUCGUUGCGGGACUACCUUCUCAAUCACGACUUAGAGAAGAGUUGACCAAUACCUUCUUAAACGAACUUUGGGACACCCUAGAUCAUCCGCCGCUGCUAUAUAUGGGAGAGAAGCAUGAAUAUAGAAUGGCAGAUGGGUCGUGGAAUAAUCCAACGAACCCUCAGCUUGGAGCAGCUGGUUCAACAUAUGCCCGAACUUGCCGACCGGGUAUUGUGCCUUUGGGCGCAUUACCCGACCCUGAGAUUAUAUACGAGUCGGUCAUGAAGAGGACAGAAUACCGCAAGCAUCCGAAUAACGUCUCUUCGGUUCUUUGGUAUUGGGCUACCAUCAUCAUACAUGAUCUGUUCUGGACGGAUCAGACCGACAUCAGCAAGACGAAGACAUCAUCAUUCCUAGAUCUGUCUCCUCUCUACGGUAGCAACCAGGCUAUGCAAGACUCCGUGAGGACUUUCAAGGACGGGAUGAUGAAGGCCGACUCUUAUGCCGAUAAGAGACUCCUUGGCUCGCCACCUGGUGUAUCUGUCAUACUGAUCAUGUUCAAUCGCUUUCAUAACCACGUUGCGGCCAACCUCGCUGCUAUCAACGAGGGCGGUCGCUUCACGCCACCGCCUCCGGGGCUUAGCGAAGAGAGAGCGACUGCAGCGUGGAAGAAAUAUGAUAACGACCUUUUCCAAACGGCUCGUCUGGUCACCUCAGGAUUAUAUAUCAACAUCACCCUCGUGGACUACGUAAGAAACAUCGUCAACCUCAAUAGGAGUAACACAACUUGGACACUUGACCCGCGUGCAGAGAUGGGCCGCGACGUCGGUACCAAUUCAGGCUCAGACCGUGGGACAGGAAGCAUGGUGUCUGCCGAGUUCAAUCUCUGUUACAGAUGGCACUCUUGUAUCUCGGAAAAGGACGAUAAAUGGGUCCAGGACUUUUACCAAGAUCUAUUCGGCAAAGAUCCGUUAGAUCUGAGCCCACAAGAGAUGUUCAGGGGGUUCGCCAAAUUUGAUCAAAAAAUUCCAGCUGAUCCUGUGGAGAGGGUCUUCGGGGGCUUCAAGCGUGAUGACGACGGAAAAUUCAAGGACGACGAUCUCGUCGGCUGUAUCUGCGACGCUAUAGAAGACUGUGCCGGGGCAUUCGGCGGCCGUAACGUGCCACAAUCGAUGAAGCCCGUUGAGAUAUUGGGAAUCCUCCAGGGGCGGAAAUGGAACGUCGCUGGCCUGAACGAGUUUCGAAAGCACUUCGGGCUUAAGCCGUACGAAAAGUUCGAGGAUAUCAAUUCCGACCCUGAGAUUGCCGGUUCACUCCGACAUCUCUACGAGCAUCCCGAUUAUGUCGAACUAUACCCGGGACUAGUUGCCGAAGAGGCGAAAGAACCAAUGGUCCCUGGCGUUGGAAUAGCCCCGACUUAUACUAUUUCUCGUGUGAUAUUAUCCGAUGCCGUCUGCUUGACACGAGGAGACCGUUUCUACACUACUGAUUACCACCCCCGUGGCCUCACAUCUUGGGGUUACAAUGAAGUAGCCUAUGACCUGAAUAUCAACCAAGGCUGUGUGUUCUACAAGCUCUUCAUCCGGGCUUUCCCAAACCACUUCAGGGGAGAUUCGAUAUAUGCUCAUUACCCUAUGGUCGUUCCGAGCGAAACAAAGAAAAUCAUGACGGGCCUCGGGCGAGUUCACAACUUCAAUUAUGACCGCCCGUCGUCUAUCCCAGCCCAUGUCAACGUCACGACGUAUAACGGAGCACAGCAUGUAUCGGAGAACCAAGAUAAGUACAAGGUCAUAGGUAAUGAAGGCUUGUCAUUCCUUGCGGACGUUGGGGGAAAUCGCUUCACGAUCUCCGGAGACUCCGCUUUCUACGCCAACCAGCGAGAGUUCAUGCAGGACCAGUUAUACAAAGAGGAUUGGCGCUCUCAUGUCAAGGACUUCUACUCCCAGAUCACGGACAAACUCAUCAAGGAAAGAACCUAUAAGCUUGCUGGACAAAACUUCGUCGAUAUUGUCCGAGAUGUGGGCAACAUUAGCCCGGUCUACUUCGCAGCGCGUAUGUUCAACCUGCCAUUAAAGACGAAGGAAAAUCCGAGAGGAAUAUACACCGAGCAUGAAUUAUACAUGGUCCUUGCUGUGAUAUUUAUCAGCGUCUUCUUUGAUACUGAUCCCGUCAAGAAAUUUCCAUUGCGGCAAGCAGCGAAGGCGAUCACUGGACAGUUAGGGAAGAUUAUCGAGGCCAACGUAAAGCAGGUAGGGGGCUUCGGCUUUGGUGGGCUGCUCUCUUCAUGGCCGAAGAAGAAUGACCCAGUGGCAUCAUACGGCGCCAACUUAAUCAAAGGGUUCUCCAAGACUGGCCUGAGCAACUACGAUAUAGCAUGGGGUCAAAUUCUACCUACCGCAGGAGCAUCCGUGCCAAACCUCGCAGAAGCGUUUGCUCAAGCUGUGGACUACUUCUUGUCUCCAGAAGGAUCUAAGCACAUCCCCGAACUGUAUCGCACGGCGAAUCUCCCAUCAUCGGUAGAUACGGACGGGCUCAUGCUAGGCUACGCAUUAGAAGGUAUUAGACUUGCGGGAGCAUCCGGUUCCUACCGCGAAGUAGCCGUAGAUGAUAUCAUAGAGGAGAGCAACGGUCGCAGGGUAUCUGUUAGAGCGGGAGACCGUAUUUUUGUUAGCUUUGCGGAUGCGGCGAAAGAUGGUGAACAUUUCCCGGAUUCCGAGAAGGUGAACCCACGGCGACCAUUAGACUCCUAUAUCCAAUUUGGGUUGGGUCCGCAGGCUUGUCUCGGACCCGAUGCUUGCCAGGCCAGUUUGGCUGAGAUGUUUCGCUCCGUAUUCAAGCUGAAGGGAAUACGAAGAGCUCCCGGCCCUCAGGGUGAGCUGAAGAAGAUUCCACAAGCCGGCGGGUUCUCUGAGUAUAUGAGGGAAGAUAGGGGGGCAUACUUCCCCUUCCCUUGUACGAUGAAGAUAUGCUACGACAAUUAGUGAUGGAUGUCUGCCUAGGUACUGUAGUCUGAGAUCGUGGGGAUUCGAAUGGUUUCUAUAUAUUUCUUAUGUUUUAAUUAAGAGCUGAUUUUCGCUAAGUUCAGUCGACAAUUCAAGAAGACCGUACAUCUCAAUGAAUGGUUCCUAGUGGUUAUCUUGGUUAAUCAACAUUGAUCUUUUAACGAAUUAUAACGUUGAAGUAUUAUUC